CUCUGAGGUGCACUUUAGCUGGUACAUAGUGCUGCCAUGAUGCUACUGAUGUUUGUGGACCACUAGCUUUCAAACACACCCCACAGCGCUGAAACUGAAGUUUGAAAAAACUUUCUUCUCUGGACGUAACCCCGCCUUCUCCCGGGUUAGUCAGGCCUUUGGAAGACAAUCACAGAAGACAUGGUCUCAACAGAGUACAAAGUGCAGAGAGGGGGAUGAGGAUGACCUAAAACAACCAGUUUGAAUGUUUCUGCAUGCCCAAGAUCUUAAUACAGCAAGUAUCUUUGACAUAAGACACUGACAAACCUACAGCGAUGGGACAAAGCUGGACUUUCCGAAAUGUUUGGCACAUCCACUCAGAGAAGUGCCCGGAGAAGCCGUUUCAUGUCAAAUGUGAUUGUUCCCAUCUCCGAAGACUCCGCUCCCACAUUUCUUCACUCAGGUGGAGGGGACAUUAAUGUCUCUGCAUGGCUUCACUGGCUCUCCACUGUGCCUGACCGGUCAAGAAAUGUGAGGAAUAAUGCGAUGCUGUGUUGAGGUUAGACAUCUUUGACUUGUCAGGAAGGAUAACUGGAUCUGUUCUCUAAUGAGCGACUGGGCCCAGCCAGCUACAUCCAUCUCCUCUGCUGACUGACUGGAUGUCUUCACUCGCCUGCAGCCCGGGCUCUCAUUAUCCUCAGUCUCACCCACGUCGUCGCAGCCCGUCUGUUCAGUGUCCGGUGACGGCUCUUCCUCAACUUCCCGCUGAUGUUCCGAGGACUCGGUUUCAUGUGGAUCACUGACGCGCAGAUCCUUCCACCCAGUUAACAUCCAGUUUGGUUAUGAUUGUGCUCAGUUUUUGCAUAAUCUUCUCCACGUCCUCCACCACACUCUGAAAAAGAUCACUGAAGGAAUCUGGACAAGACGGAAGCUGCUGACCACUGCCCCCUGCUGGAGACUUGUUGAACAUGCAGCCACACUCCCUGAGGGCAUCUCUCCACGCCGCCACUGUCUCUGAAUGAAAAAUCCUCAUCUCCUCCAGCACCAGCAAAGCUUUCUGCUCACACUGCUCUUCAUCUGCGCUCCUCCCUCUUCCCUCGUCCUUUUUCUCAUGUCCCACUGGACCGAGCAACCCUUCGCCGCUCCUUGUCUGCACCUCCUCUCCUGAAUCCUCUCCUAUGCAUCUCUUCCUACCUGCUUUUACCUCAGCAUGGACGUCUUCAGCAGUUCCAGUCAACUUGCUGGGGAGGCCGUCCUCCCUCUUUGUGCCAUGAGGAGACUCAUCAUCCAUUUCUUCAUUGAAAUACAGAUUUCCAUCCAUCAGAAGCUGAAAGAUACAGUAUAGAAGAGUCAAGAGGGCCUUUUUUGGUUUUUGUUGCAUCCAGAAAAGCAAUUUACUCUAUUCACAAAAUAUGAAAUGAAAUACAUAAAAAGUAUUCACUAAAAUAAGUUGUUUUUUUUCUCAUGGGCCUCGAUUUAGAUCCAAAGCUUGAGGCUCCCCCGUGUUUGCAAUUCUGUGUCCUUGGCAUGGACUGUUGCAGUGUACAGCUAUCCUACUUUACAGGAGCCAACACUGUAUUUAUAUGGCUGCCAGCAGUAAAACAUGUUGCCAAGGCGACCCCUGGAGGCGUGGCAGGGAGACACAAAGGGAGGGCCAGAGACGUUCCAUCCCUCUCCUCCAUUCUCCUGUCGCUCGUUUUACUGCGACAGGAAAAGAAAAACAAAAAAGAAAGAAGUCAGCAGUCGUUCAGAAACAGCGACUGGGUGACGAUCUUUGCUUCAUAUUCUUUAAAAACACCACGCAUGCUCCGUCUCAUUCGUUUGGAGAGCGACGUAGAAUUAAACUGUGAGCUUAACAGCAGCUCAGCGACAGACACAGUUUAUAAGUUUAUGGUACUUCAAUGGAAUUCCUGAUUUUACAGUCCCGGACAUUUUUAUAGUGGAAGUGCAGGUGCACAAAAAGAAUCGCACUUAAAGCUGAAGUGUGUGACUUUUAAAUACAAAAGCCGCUGUCAAAUCCGCUCGCUGCAGCGGGUUUGACAUCUCAUGUCGUCCUGCACACAGGAAGUCAGCAACAGACAGCAACGUUGCAUGACGACAACGAAAACAGAGGCAGAAUAAUAACAAAAGGUUGCGCACUGCAGCUUUAAGGGAAAGCAAGUAUAAUUUGAAGUAUGUUGUGCAUUUUUUCACACUCUUGUCUCACAGCAAACAAAAUGUCAGUCUUUCUGUUUGGAGUUUGCUUCUACUCCUUAUAUAUAUGUGUGUGUGUGUGUGUGUGUGUGUGUUCAUGUUCUCCAGCUUCCUCCCACAGGCCACAGAGAAGCAGACUGGGGUUAAGUUCAUUAAUGAGAGCAUGAAUUGCUGUAUAUUCCGAUUGAUGAAUGACCUGUCCAGAGUCAGACGCAUGAAUGGAUUACAGCCAUUGUUGCCGAGGACCCACAGUGGUGCUGUGGAGCUCUGCUGCCACCAUGUGGCUCCUUUUGCAAACUGUACCUCAUUAUCUGAUUGACUUGUGAGCAGGGCAAAAGGAAGGGGAGCCACUUUGGACUUUGUUCACAGUUGGUUGGCUGCGAGGGGAACAGAAAUAUGAGGCUGGACCACUACGAUUUCUAAAGGUUGUCCAGAUGCAGCAGAUGUGAAAUCAGAACACCAUGUUGGAGCCUCCAGAACCAGGCCAGGAGAUUGCGGAUUGGCUGUAUACCCUUCGUCUGUCCCAGUAUGUCACCUGUUUCCAGCAGGGAGGGUACCAAGAUCUGGAAGACUGUAAGGAUCUCACAGAUGAGCACCUCCAUGAGCUUGGAGUCCUCCCCACAGGCCAUCGAAGGCGCAUUCUCCGCAGUCUGGAAGCUCUAGGUGUGAAGCUUCAGAGUGGUGGGGAGGAUGAGGAAGAAGAGUUAGGGUUACAGAAUGGGAGGCGUCGGAGGAAGCCAGUACCACACCCGAGGCAUAUCUUCCUAAAGGACAAAAAGAGGGGAGCUUCAUAUCAGCACCCUCAGCCAAAGGAGAGGAACUACAAUGAUGUGGAGGGGAGUCAAACUUUGCCCCCAGGAGCAGGACUGGGAACAAUGACCGAGGACAGAUACCUCCGCCCACCUCAACCUGCCCCACGUGAUCCCCAGAACAUCCAAACGUCCGUGUCCCAACAUACCUACAUCCCUCAAUCCGUGUCCUCCAGCAGCAGCACCGAGUCCCUUCCAAUUUCAGAGAUACCUUCAGACUGGGAGAUUUCCUCAGAGGACCAGUUUAUGUCAAAUGCAGACACCGUGCCCCGUUCAGCUGAAAACCCCAACCCAUCAGCGACUGAAGACCAGGAUGGAUUUCUCUGUGAAAUGGUCGAAAACUCCAUCUAUGGGACACAGUCCAGUUUUAAGGCUUCUACGGGUCCGCGGCUUACUCGCUCCUACAGGCUGAGACACCGGCCUGUUCCCGAGAUCCCGAUUCAGACCAUACUACCAUUGCAGGAAAGGUGCACACCACCAGUGCAAACAACCAGCCCUGAACACCUAACUGCCUCCGAAGGUCCCACCGGUGCAAACGGCAUACAAGCUUCACCACAAAAGACCUUGAUGCCUAUUGCUCCCUACGGAGAAACGUUCCUGUACAACAACCCUGAAAGAGCACCGGACCAAGGAGCUAAGGAAGGGUUACAACUUGCUUUCAAAGACAAGAUAAAGCAGAAGAAACAGAGGAAAAAGCAGAAGGCGCUAAAGGAAAAUGAUUCUCCACCGGCUCCUGUCAUCCCAAAUGCCUGCGAAGACGAGUAUUCAACAGUGAAUGAGUGCACCAGGAUUCCGUCACAGGCCACUCUGGACCAAGGUUUUGCCGUGCCCGUCGAAAAACCAGCUGUCAGUGCAACUGCCUCUUGCCCCAAAGAUGGGUCCUUGAUGAUGGUGGAGUGUGACCUCUAUUCAGAGCCUGCAGACAUUCUGGCGGGUGCGAGCAGGACCGCCUUGCCUGACAUCUCUCCUUAUGCAUGCUUUUAUGGAGCCCCCAAACACCAGGUGCUCAAAGUGGGCUGGCUGGACAAACUGUCGCCUCAAGGAAACUGUGUCUUCCAACGGCGGUGGGUGCGCUUCGACGGCGAGAGUCUGGCCUACUACAACAACGACAAGGAGAUGUAUUCCAAAGGAAUGAUCCUGACCAGUGCUAUCAGACAGUUACGGGGACAGGGUGACAACAAGUUUGAGGUGGUCACCUCCCUUCGGACCUUCGUAUUCCGGGCUGAAAGAGAAGGGGAGCGCCAGGAGUGGAUGGAAACUCUUCAGUCAGCCUUGCACCCCCCUGCCUCCGGCUCCCAGAAGCCUUCCGACAGCCUCCUCUACGCUUCCUCCACAAACAAGCGAGGUUUGCUGGAACUGCGCGGUUACAAAGGCAGAGUGCUGGUGUCCCUGGCGGGGAGUAAAGUCAGGCUCUGCAAAACAGAACAGGACCAUAGAGCGGGACUGGCCAUCACCGACCUGGAACUCACUGCUGCCAAUAUUCGAGACAUGGACCGCAGGGGCUUUGAAAUCAACACCCCCUUCAAAAACUUCUGCUUCACAGCCGAGUCAGAAUGGGAGAAGGAGGAGUGGAUUGAAGCAAUCCAAGAAUCGAUCGCCGAGACACUCUCCGACUAUGAAGUGGCGGAGAAGAUUUGGUUCGACGAGGCCAACAGGAGCUGUGCCGACUGUCGCGCCCCGCAGCCCGAGUGGGCAUCGGUCAAUCUGGGGGUGGUCAUCUGCAAGAAAUGUGCAGGACAGCACCGCUCGCUCGGUCCAAGUAUUUCCAAAGUGCGGAGCCUGAAGUUGGACAGCAGUAUUUGGAGCAACGAGCUAGUGGAGCUGUUCCUGGAGGUGGGCAACAAGAACGCUAACACGUUCUGGGCAGCUAAUCUUCCUAUGGAGGAGGAGCUAUAUGGCGGAGCCUCACUGGAGCAGCGUGCCACUUUCAUUCGCAGGAAAUACAGGGAGAGGAAGUACCGGAAGGCCCUGGAGGGCUUUAAUGACCUGGAACAGCUCAACCAGGCUCUGUGCGCAGCAGUGGUGUCGCCCGAUGUGCUGCAGACCAUGAUGCUGCUGUUCAGUGGGGCAGAUGUUAUGUGCGCCACCGGAGAUCCGACCUGCUCCACCCCCUACCUCUUAGCUCAGUGCGCCGGACAGAAGCUACAGAUGGAGUUCCUGCACCAGAACAAACUAUCUGAUUUCCCCAGACUCGAGCAGUGGUCAGAGGAUCCCUCAGUGUCUGACGUCUCCCUCUUCAUGGAUGGCUUCCUCUACAUCUCCUCUGGCACGGCCAAGUCCACGCUGGAGCGCCGCAGAAGAGACGACAUGGCGCGCCGUUGGUGUACCUUGGAAGGCGGCUUCCUGAGUUACUACGAGAACGAGAGAAGCUCGUCGGCCAUCGGCAGAGUGGAUGUCAACACGGUGGUUACCAUGGCUGUAAACAACACCGAGACAAUGACCGGAGCGGGCGCCGUGUUCACCAUGGAACUGUACCUGCUGACGGAGCGAGUUUUGAUUGUCGGUGCUGAAACACAGGAAACGCAGCAUGACUGGAUCCAGGCACUGACAAAGUGCUUCGUUCCAUCGAAAGUCGAGGGCCUGGUGCAGAGAGACAGCGAGCUGAUUGGCAGACUCCAAUACAAAGAGGGCCAUGACCUGUACCACUGGAGGACAGGCUGGUUCAUGCUGGAAGGUUCUGCCCUGCACUUCACUUCAGGAGAAGAGGAGGAAGAAGAGGAAGUUCUUCAACUCAAACAGCUACAGGAGCUCACUGUCUCCACACAUAGUGAGGGCGAGGAGAAGAUCCAGGUCCUGCUGAUGGUGGAGGGUGGAAGAACGGUUUACAUCCAUGGCUUUAACAAGACAGACUUUGCACUGUGGCACUCCGCUAUCACACUGGCUGCUGGCACAGAUGGCAAGGCCCUCAGUGACCAACAGCUGACUAAAAAUGGAGUCCCUAUUAUCGUCGACAGUUGCCUCGCUUUUGUCACUCAGUAUGGUUUGUGUAAGGAGGGAGUCUACCAGAAGCCCGGGGACCCUGCCAGAGCUGCCCUUCUCCUGCAGGAGUUCAUCCACAAUGCCCGGGAUGUGAAGCUGAGGAAGAAGGAGCACCAGCUGGAGGAUGUGACUGACACCCUGAAGAAUUUCUUAUCUCAAGUGGAGGACGCGCUGCUGACCAAGGAGCUCUAUCCAUACUGGGUGUCAGCUCUAGAUGAGAAGGAUGAGGGACGGAGAGUGAGAAAGUACUCCACUUUCAUAGAGAGCUUGCCCAAGGUCAACAGGUCGACGCUUGAUGCUCUUCUGCAACAUCUGUACAGGAUUCAGCAAUGUUCCCACCUCAACCACAUGCCAAGUGAAAAACUGGCAUCUGUCUUCUCCCCCCGCUUGUUCCAGACUCAGGGACAAACCCCACAGGAAAUAAGCGUGGUCCAUGACCUCAUCAACAACUACAUUCCACUAUUCAAUGUCAAUGAGGACCAGGUGCAACAGAUGGAGAUAGAGAAUAGUUUCAUUGCACGCUGGAAUGACAAGAAGGACACCACAUUCUCUCCAGCUGGGGACUUGAUCUUUGAGGUGUACCUGGAAAAGAGAGAGCCAGAGAACUGCUGUUUAAUCAAGGUUUCCCCCAGCAUGCGUUCGUUGGAGCUCGCAGAAACUGCGUUGACAAUGAGGAAUGUUGCCUUCAAUGCCAAUGACCUCUGGACCACCUUUGAAGUCAUUGAAAAUGGAGAGCUAGAGCGACCUUUGCACCACAAUGAGAAGAUUCUUGAACAGGUGUUGGAGUGGAGUUCCUUGGACUAUCCAAGUUCUGCUUUUCUUGUAAUAAAGAAGUUUUCCGAGGCCAAAAGAGCGGCUGAUGGAAAAGAAGCCCAAAAACAGUUCAUAAAAGGCGACUAUCUGAAGUUCAGUGACGGAUCCUCCAAACUGCUGUCAGGGCACAAAUUCCAGGACAAAUAUGUUGCACUGCGUGAAGAGAAGCUGCUGCUCUACAGAGACAUCAAAAGCACUAAAGCGGAAAAAGUGAUCCUGCUCAAGUCUGUGAAAUGUUACCUUGGCUUGAGGAAAAAGCUCAAACCAGCAACCAGCUGGGGCUUCACAGUCUACUCUGACAAACAGCAAUGGCAUUUGUGCUGCGAGAAGAGGGAGACGCAGGUCAGCUGGGUGACGGACAUAAUCAGCAUGAAGUACGGUUCUGGCCUCUGUUCAAAGUCCAUUAACUCAAAAGAAACUACAGAUUCCAAAUCCUCCAAAGGGCGUGCUGCAACUGACGGUCGCAAAUUCCCAACUCACAACCAUAAUACCAGCAAACAGGUCCCCGACAAGAGGAUAUCUCUUGUUGGUGCCAACCAGGGCUCCACUGACAAUGCUGGUCUUCACAAGACCGCCACAACCAACUACCCAAAGCCCAACUACCUGCUCAAGACCCCGGACGUUCGGAACACCAGACGUUCCGUAGAUAUUGGCCAACUCCCACGGUUGCCUUCUCCAUCUCCAUCCAGACACUCCCAGCUCAUGGCUUUGCCCAUUCUGCCAAAGGCCGCCAGCAAAACCACCAUCAGAAAGCCUGUUCUGGGCGUGGAGGGGGGUAUGAUGCCAUCAAAUCUGAUGAAUGAACUGAACCUGGUGCUGAACAAGACGGGUCGCAGUGCCAAGAACAGUGAGGAAGAUAAGUAAACAGGUCCCAAAGGUGAAACUGUUAGACAAAGAGAAGAGAGUUGUAAGAAAAAAAAAAAAAGAAACACUGACAAACAAAAGAGCAGGGGAAGGGGAUCAUAGCCUGAAGAUUCUGCUUUUGAACUCCGAUAUAUAAAGCACUGCUGAUGCAUGUGUGGAGGGGAAGAACAGGUGCAGGAGAUGUUGGAGGUCAUGCAGACCUCAGGUGGACAUGGCACUGACCCAAGCACUACAGAAACAAUGUGAUGUAUACACCACUCUUCUAAACUCUUAAAAAAAACACAUGAACUGUAUGUAUCCAGCUGUCAAAACCUAGUGCUUUCUAGAAAUACUCAACUGCUAGCUUCAUGCUUAUGUUUCAACCUAGCACUUAUGUUCCAAAAGCUGUAUAAUGAUGUUAGACUUCUUAAAUAUCAUCAUGUUCAUGUUGACAUAAUGUGGUCAAAAGAGGUAAGCAAGUCAAGGGCCCAUUAGCUAAUAAUGCUUGGUAUUUUUGUAGACAUGACAUGGCAAUUUUAUGUGGAAUUAUUUAUUAUUUUCUUGUAACGUAAACAUUUUUGACCCCUGUGUAGCUAGCAGUGUUUUCAAAUAUCAUUAAGUACACUUUCAGUUAUAAAAAGUUAAAUCAAAAAUGUAAAAAUGUAUGAUAUUUCCUUUCUAUUUGCCCUUUUAGACAGUGUUUUGUUGCAAUAACAACAGAAUGUAUACAAAAUGUUGCCUCAUGUGUUGCGUACCUUGUAUUUUUGUGUUUAUUGUUAAAACAAAAAGAAAAAAGAAAUGCCUUGGAUCUCUGUGAGAAAGUCCUUGGUUUGUGUCCAGAAUGUGUCAAGAUGGGUUUAUCACAGACUCUCAAUCUUAAAAGCCGUUGAUUUGCACAUAGACACAAUUAGUGUUUUGUCCAGUGAUGGACUGGUGUCUUGUCCUGGCUGCUUUGCCUCUCCCUGGAUGUCAGUUGUGAUUUACUCCAGCCUCUCCUCCGAAACCUAAACCUAAGUGUGUGGGGUAUUGCAUUUUUUAUUGUAAAGUAUCAGUGAAGCAUCAAAGUAGUAAAUUGACAAGGGGAGGAGGGGGCAUUUAAUAUCUGAAAUAUACAUAAAUAAAAUGGACUAAACACGAUUACAAGUUA